CCCGACAGAUGUUGCUGCCGUAACCAGACAGCAGCACGGAGGAGCAACACACCGGGGAUGGUCUCUUCAUUUUUUAAUCGAAACCAACGUUGUAUCUCCACAAAAUGAAGCUUCCGUACUCCUAGAUUCGUGAGGAUAUGGUGAGGACUGGAGAAGGCGUCCCAUGCUGCAUUAGUGGAACAGUGACAUGCUGGCCUGUCUGCCGGCAUCAGGUGACCCAACCAUCAGACGACUUCUUUCCCGUACGCAGAUGAACACUGGACUUCAGAAAUGGGAAACUACACAGAAGAUGAGAUCUGCCAGCUGUCCAACCCCAGCAGAGUUGGAUGCCUAUGCUAAGAAAGUUGCCAACAAUCCUUUGACCAUCCAGAUCUUCCCCAACAGUGUCAAAGUACCUCAGAGGAAGCACAUUCGCCGCACAGUCAACGGGCUUGACACCUCGUCGUCCAGCCAGCGCCACAGUCCUUACCCGUCUCAGGUCAGCGCCAGUGGAGGCCUGCUGGCCGUCCUCCGUGCGCCUGCCAAAGGCGUCAUCAAACAGUCAGACGGUAGCCGCGCUCGACAGCUGCACAAGGCAGUCAUGAACUCUCACAGCGGGCCGUACGCCACUCAAAGCACUUUAAACCUUCCUCAGCCUGCUCCUCACCUGCAGGGUCCACCUCAGCCUGCAGCCCAGAAGCAGGGAAUGGUUCACCCACAGGCGCUAAAGCAGCAGAGUAUAACUCACCCAAUGGCUUUACAGCAGCCUCAUCCACAGGCUCUACAACAAAGAAACAUGGCUCACCCACAAGCUCUGCAGCGGCAGCAGAGCCUGACACAGGUUCAGACCUCGCAGCAGCAGAGAUUGGCUCAUCCACAAGGAGUCCAGAGGCAGCAGAGUCUGCCACACAGCCAGGCUCUGCAACAGCAGCAGCAGCAGCAGCAGCAGCAGCAGCAGCAGCAGCAGGGUCAGUCCUGCCCAUCAGUCGUACCACAGCAGCAUCUUUCUCAUCUGCAGACACUAAAGCAUCAGACGGCUCCUCCACAAGCUUUACUCACACAACAAGGAGUGACUCAGGAUCUGCGCCACCUGCCUGACGGAGCUCAGCUUCCGAGCCUGCAGCACACCCAGGGGCUGGUCAGCUCCCAGAACCUCCCCCAGCCCGGAGCUGCAGGACCUCCUAACAUGCCCAACAGCCUCCAGCAGCCCCCUCCUGGACCGUACGGGCCCCGGAAGCUCCCUGACGCAGACGCCCCACCAAAUGUAACUGUAUCUACCUCCACCAUCCCACUGUCCAUGGCAGCCAGCCUGCAUCAGAACCGGCCGGGUGACCUGAGCAGCAUCGUGCACCAAAUCAACCAGCUGUGCCAGGCUCGGGCCGGCAUGGGCUCCACCUCAGUCUGUGAGGGCCAGAUCGCUAACCCCAGCCCCAUCAGCCGCAACCUGCUGAUCAGCGCCAGCUCCAGGGUGUCCUCUCACCACCCGGCUCUGGGCAACGUGCCCAGCUGCCUCAUGGUGGGACCCCCAGACAAAGCUACAGCUCAGACUCCCACUGCUGCUCUCCAUUCACAGCCCAGUGUCACUGCUACUAACAGCAUCCCUGCCUUUCACACAGACCCUGAGAAGGUCCAACUGCAGCAGCAGCAGCAGCUUCAGCACCAUUUGCAUCAGCAGAAACAGCAGCAGCAACAUCUGCAGCAACUACAGCAGCAGCAGCGGUCCUGGGCGCAGCAUCAACUGGCCCACAUGCAGCAGCCUCCUGAGGGGGCUCAUCCCUGCAAGAACCCAAGGAUGGAGCCUCCAGCUGAGUGCUCUUUCCCCUCACGAAACCUCAGUUAUCCCCACAAGCUGCCAAACACGGCACAGGGCUUUCCUCUGAAACAUCCUGCAGAAAAACCACGGCCUUCGUCCCCUGUUAACUGCCCAGUAGGAUCUAUGCCUUACAUUAAUGGCCGCUACAUGCAGGCGCCAUGGAGCAGCAUCCCAACCACAGCAGGGAACAAUGGAUCUGGCCCUCAGGACCUGUCGGUGGUUUUCCAGGGAGGGCAGGCUGCUGCCUCCACAGACCGCAUCCCGGGGGCCAAGUACCGGCCAGGGAAAGAGGCUCCAGCUGGGCAGACUAAGCUGAUGCCCAACGUGGACUUCUUAGGAGGGGACUUCCAGAUGCCCAGCUUCCAGGAGCAGAACAUGGAUGUGAUGGAGAAGAUGCACAGGUCAGCCAUGGGCCAAGUUCAGGAGCCCAGCAACAGCGGAGGCGUCCACACUUAUCACCCAUGCUACCAUUAAAGUUCGCUCUCAUCCCCACGUGGCGUGUUCUGCUACUGUCAACACGCGUGUUUAGUUCUUUAAGAUCUUGCAAGUGAUCAAUUAGAUGUUAUUGCUUCAGAGCUCAGUUUGGAGGCCCACCAGGUUGUGAUGUUUCAAAGUAUUCCUCAGGUCUUAAGCCAUGUCGUACCUUUGUUGCAGAUGAAGGGUUUUUGAGAUUGUUGUCCGCUCUUUUCGUCACUGGCAUGGAUGUGCUGCUCCUUGUUCGUGUAUAUGUGGUGUUCUGAAAUGUUGGUUUGCAGCUGAGAGCGUGCUUGCCUUACGAUCGUCACAGUGCUUUUCAUGGGUUGACAUGGAACAACUUCUAUCAGCAUUUGUGGCCUUACAACUGCCCAAAGGCAAGAUUUCGGAUGUCCUUGUGUAAUGUUUUUGUUUGCAAUUAUUUAUCCUUUUCACAGCUUUGUGAUCCAUUUGAAUAAGAAGGUUACAUGUAUAUGCAAUUAAUACGACUGUUGAUAACGUUUUAGCCCCAGGAGCUCUUUCCCGUAGUUUGAGACGUGCGCUUGUUCCAUCAGGAAUACAAACAUGGGUUCUGGACCGUCGGGGGGUCCGGUAGGUGUGGAGUUGGUCAGAAACAGCGAUCACUGUGGAGCAUUGGGUUUGGGGUUAGAAAUGAGACGAAGCCAGCACUAGCAAAAACAGAAACACUCUCCAUUUCUGAGAUUCACAUAGUUUUUAAGUGCCCUCUUGUGCUUUUUGAGUAGUUAUUUUAUGAUGUUUUUUCUUUUUAUGUUGUAUUACUGUAGAUCGUCCUACUUGAAUACUUUGUAGAAACUCACUUUGAAAUGUCAUGCUUGGCAGAAGCCCUUAUUUGUCUAUAGCUAAUGUGAAAACAGAAUAGCACCCCAUUAUUAUUAUUAUUAUUAUUAUUACUAAAAUGGUGUGUGUGCGUGUGUGUCGGUAUGUGAAAGCAAAUUGAUCACUUGCAAGCAUGCAAGUACUUCAAAUAAUGCAAGCAGGGAAGAUGCUGCGUUUCCUCCUUGGACGCGUUUUAUCACCACUUUACUACUGUAAUGCAGCUGAUGUGGUGUGGACGCUGUUCUGUGUGGCUUGUGUUGGGAUGUUCAUCUACUAAUCACCGGCGUGUCGCCCCCCCGUGUCGUGUUUCCGCUACCUAUAAAGAAGCAGGUCAGUGUGUUUUGCUCGAUGUGAAGAUGAAGCUCCAGACCCGUGUCCUCCUCCUCCUCCUCCUCCUCCUCCUCCUGUCCUGGUUGAUGUUGUCUGGGCACACGUUGCUCUUCUAUCCUAAAGCCUUCUGGAAAAAGCCUUAAAUGCCACAGUAGUUCUAUUCUACCACUUUCUUUGCCAGGAUCCCGACUAAAGUAUGGCUUCAUUGUGAGUGUUCUUUUUUUCUUUUCCCUGAGCUGUUGUUUGUUUGAAACCUACUGUCAGAUCAUUGGGCAGUGUGAAGAUGUACAGGCAGCAGACUGGAUGAGAUUGCCUUAAAUGGAAUUAUUAAGGUAACAAUGCUACACCAUGCCUGUUGGUAAAUCACCAUCCUACUGUCUCAAAUGGAUUUAAGAUGAUUUUCAGAGUAAGAUAUAGUAUUUAGCAGAAGUAAUAGGUAUUUAGAACAGGGCUGUAGCAGUUCUAUUAAGGUAUUUAAACUGUGUUUUCGUUGUUCUACUUAAUAAAUAACCUGAUCUAGUUUCUUAAUUUAUUUUUUUUGGACCACUGCAUCCUGAAGCCAUAGGUGUUUUCACAUUAGGUGCCAUAGGCGACGCAGACGGUGUAACCUGAGAGUCUGUGCUCAAAGGCAAAUAGGAGGUUUGCAUCCGUGCUUUAACCGGAAAGUCUUUCACAGCAGCGAGCUUUUUCCCCUCUGAGGCGUUGUCGGAACGCGGUGCUGGUCAAAAGGGAGGAAGAAUCACAAGACGAGACGAAGAAAGACGGCUGAGAUGCAAACCGUAGCUUUUCUGGAGUUCGGUCUUCAUACUUGAUGGCAGUUUGUGUUUUUCCUGGCUCUCAUUUUUGAUGUGCCUGCCCCUUGAAGCUGCUAUUGAAUUUAAUCUUAACACACACUAGUAUGAUUUGUGUGUAUGCGUGUAUGACUAGUAAUGAUGUAUGGGCUGUAUCGGUUCAAUAUUUAUUUGAUGGGCGCAGGGUGAAGCUGGCCACCAGUCAGAUGCUGGUAAACGUGGCUGUUUGUUGUAGCAGCCGUGUUUGGAGAUUAUGUGAUAACUGACCAGUAUUCAAAGUGAUUCAGUCUGAAGACCUUCUGAGCAUUAGAUGUCCUGAGUGCAAACACUAAAUGAUCAGAGCUGUCCUGUUCACGCUGAACUGCCUCGUUACAGCCCGACACAGUCAGGUUCUACAGUUUCAUAUGAAGUGCCUCCACUGGGCUUAGUAUGGAGAAAUGUGUGAGUGGAUGCUUGUGUGUGUGUGUGUGUGUGUGUGUGUGUUUGUUAAGCUUGGGUACUUGCACACAGGUGUGCACGCUGACAAAGGUGCACGAAGUUAAUCUCUGAUGGGGGACCAAGCUACUUAGUGUAACUACUGAUACUGUGUCAUGGACUGAAGUCCUGAAGUGUGCCACGACUCUUAGACACUGUUGGGAUGUGUGAACUGUUUGCUGCUGACUCACUGACCAAAGUGACCAAGCGUCCCUCUCCGACCACCCAGCUAGAAGCCUCGGAAAGCUUGUUUUGGAAACUUGUAAUAAGCAACAACAACUGAUGACGUAAAGGAGAGCUGCUGCCCUCAUUUGGAAGGUUGAAGAAACUCUUGUGAAGUAAAGUGUAAAGAUGUGAACCGAGCAUAAAACAAAUCUAGAUUGAGAGGUUCCUGUCUGCACGUUACACCCCAGUUUUCUCCUCCAACCAAGAUCCUGAUGUGGUUCUAAACAAAAGCUUUGUGUUUUUAGUGCCGGCAUCCCGUGGAACACAGUGUAAAAUCUGAUCUAGUUAAGCACAUUGUAGCUCGUCAUGCUGACUCAGAUGGCAAUACUUAGCGGGGCACAGGUAUGCAACAGCUCUCUCUAGAUUUCUUUAUUCUCUGAUUACUGUGACGUCUCUGAUCACCAGAGACGGUCGUGUUGUGAACGGUGGUGGAGGGGGGCUUACUUCUUCUACUUUGUCAAAAUGUGAUAUUCCAGUUUUGCCUAACCUUCAGGAAUAAAAUGUCUUGCACAAACAUUCCCCCUAACCAAAAUAAAGUUUGCAAACACAAA